AUGAUCAACGAUCUUGAACUGGCAUCCUCUAGCACUGACCAUUGGAAAUACGUGGAUGACGUAACAAUAUCGGAGUCCUUAAAGAAAAAUGAAGUUUCAGUCCUACAAUCUGAUCUUAACACAAUUGAAAGAUGGACUGUUAAUAACAACAUGAAAUUGAACGGAAAGAAAUGCAAAGAAAUGAUAGUGAGUUUCGUCCGUAGCGAGAAUGGCAUUCCCCGACUCCUCAUUGAUG